AUGACAAAUUCAGUCUUGCGAGCAGAUGAUGCUCAUUCAUGUUCGUCGGCUAGUUCGGAGAAUUCCGACAUCCUCAACAUGGAAGAUGAGGAGGGUUGGGAGGAUGCUGUAAAUGACGAAGAAAAAAUUUCCUUUAAAUCUCUAGUGGAUGACCAAGUUUUUUCUGACAUCUACUCAAUGUUUGAUCAUUGCAAAAAUCAAUCUGGACUCGAUUUCUUGGAUAUUCGUCGAAGGUUGGCUCUGGAAUUUUACGAUUGUAUCAAGCUAGUGAAUUAUAUUCGUGCUGUGACUGACGAUGGAAAGAAGAUCCCGUCAGAGCUAUUUAAAUCGCACUUUGAAGAUGAGAAAUACCUUCGGCCAUUUCUGCAAGAUGAUGCUGUCUUAUUCAGUUUAGACGAGCUUCCAGAUAUUUCAAUCGAUCCUAAUACAUCCACUCUUUUGUCCGGGUCCAGUAAUUCUGAUUUAGUGGCUCGAAUUAAUGAACUAGAAAAUGAAUUACGAAUGACCCAGGCCCAAUUUAGUAAUUACCGAGAAACAGUAUCAAAGACUCUAGACGAUCGGUGGCACGAUAACUCUCUGGCUGUUGAUUCUCACAAAGAUCCCGGGGCAAAAGAAGCCACUGAAGUCCCUGGAAGUAAUUACUACGGUCUCUACGACGAUAAUGGGAUACAUGAAACUAUGUUGAAAGAUACUGUUCGGACAGAUGCAUACCGAGACUUUAUUUACAAUAAUAAGAACUGCUUUGCUAACAAAACAGUUCUUGACAUUGGAUGUGGCACUGGAAUACUGAGUAUGUUUUGCGUCAAAGCUGGCGCUGCUCGCGUUAUUGCUGUGGACAACUCGGAUAUCAUUGACAAAGCUCGUGAAAAUAUUUUCCUUAACGGAAUGGACGACAAGAUCACUUUGCUCAGGGGAGAGAUUGAAGAGGUCAAAUUACCAGUAGAGAGUGUGGAUAUUAUCGUUAGUGAAUGGAUGGGAUAUUGCUUGUUGUACGAAGCAAUGCUUUUGAGUGUAAUCCGUGCGAGGGAUCUAUAUCUGAAGCCAGACGGGUUGAUGGUUCCCAGCCAUAUGAAGCUGUGGACAGCACCUGUCUCAUCCCCUGAGUAUUUCGACAACCACUACCACUUUUGGAAAGAUGUUUACGGAUUUGAUAUGAAAGCCAUGCAAGCUAAGUUUUUUGAUAACGUUGUGCUUGAGGACUUUGGGCCGGAAAAACUUUGUGGCGAGCCAUCUCCGUUCAAACAAAUGGACUUGCACACUAUAACUGCCCAAGACUUGACAUUCAAGAGUCCGUGGAGCUCAAAACUUACGACAGAUGUUGAUUCACUUGAUGGGUUUAUUAUAUGGUUUGAUUCUUUUUUUAUGCCAAGCAGAAAUGAUGUCCUCCCUGACGACGCCAAAGCGCAGGAUUGGGUUAAGGCUGGUAAUAAGGGAACCUCUUUUACUACUGGACCUUUUGGGAAGGUAACGCAUUGGAGUAAGGGAUUCAUGAUGAUUGAUCAAGUAAAGGAGAAGCCUAUUCCCCGAAAGUCGGGUGACGAAAUCACGGGCUGGAUACAGUAUUCAUUUUCUGAGACGUGUUGGCGAUGGCUGACAAUUAAAAUUGAAUGGAAGAUCAAUGAAGAGCGGAGUAGGACCCAAAGCUGGAAGCUCGAGUAA